AUGGGAACUGCAGGCGAGACGGAAGCUGCAGCAGCGGCAUUUAGACGGAGCGUCAAUGAGGACAUCGGCGGCGGUGGUGGCCUGACAGAGACGAUGAAACUCGAGGAUGAUUUCAAGGGCUACGACGUGGACGAAUUCUCUAUCCCGGAAAGAUACAAACAGUCGCUACUGAGUGUUCUUAUUACGCACGGUAUGGUGGUUGACAGGACCGCCGCCCUGGCCAAAAUGGCUAACGACUAUUUUGGUGAUCAAGACGUGGUUGUUCUCGGUGUUCUAAAUGGCUGCUUCCGCUUUUACAGCGUCUUCGUCGAUCAGCUGAACAAGUUGCGGAAAGACUUCAGGAACAGUGUGUUUUAUGAAUUUGUUCGAUUGAAAAGCUAUGUCGAUGCUAAUUCUCUUGGCACUGUCCAGAAUAGCCUCGAUAUGUUCGUACUGUUCUGUUUUUCAUCGUCACUGUUUUCAAACGUUUCUGCAUUGUUUCAGUUACAAAGUGGUAAUUUAUCGUUUCUGACCGGGAAGCACGUCCUCGUUGUCGAAGACAUUAUUGAAACUGGCAAGACCAUGGAAAAGUUGCUCAGCGUCCUAGAUUCAGUCAAACCUUUGUCAGUUAAAGUUUUGACACUAUUAACUAAACGGACGGACGCUCCUGCUGUCUUCAAGCCAGACUUCGUUGGCUUUGAUAUUCCGAAUCAUUUUGUUGUUGGUUUCGGCUUUGAUUAUAAUGAGAUGUUUCGAGAUAUGGAUCAUAUAUGCAUAAUCAACGAUUAUGGAAAAUUGAAGUAUUCGAUCAAAAGUUGA